UUUGCUCUCUAGCUCUUCGUCCAACACCUCUUUAAUUCAUCCUUUAUCCUUCUUAUAUUGAAAUUUUCGAAAUCUCUCUUCUAUUUUCUUCCUAUAUCAAAUCUCUGUAAUCGUCAACAUCAUUUCUAUUGCGUCUACUCUCUUCUAGGGAAAACCACCAGAGACGUCAUCUUUCCGCAUCAUGGCUGCCGCUUCUGUCAAUAACAGCAACCCUCAAGCACAGCCCGAGUCACCCUCGGAGAAGCUCAAGCAAAACCAUAUUUCUACUCCUUCGGUUAGUUCGAAACUAGAUGGAGCGACCGCCAACGGCGUGGACAGCAUUGACAGCCCGUACUUCAAAGAACUGCAAAGGAACUUGCGCAAUACUGUGAAGAAGCUGAAUGCGACCGCAAAAGUCGAUGCCAUCAUUGCCGAGAAUUCCGGAAAAUCCCUCGAUGACCUGGUUGCCGAGAAGAAGAUCAAUGCCGACCAAAAGGCGCAGGCACUGAAGAAGCCUGGUCUGCAAGCCACUAUCGCUCAGAUUGAAGAGCAGAUCGCCAACUACAAGGAGUUUGCUGCCCAGUACGAGCAACGCCUGGCCACCCAGCAGGCCGAAUUAGAGAAGGCGCAUAAAGAGGAGUUGGAAGCAAUCCAGGAGAAAGCUGUCUCUGAGGCCAAUAAAGCGAGCCAGAUUGAUUUGAGACAGCGUCUGCUUAGCUUGAGCAAAUUCCUCUGUGCUGCUGCUACCAUGAGACGCUCUGGCGAUGAAACCUCCAACCUGACUCGUGCCUUUGAGGGUGUUUUAUACCAGGUUUAUGGAGGGUCGCACGAGGCCGUCAAUUCGAUGUUAAAGCUAAUUGAUGGUGUGGAUGAAAAGGUUGUCAGUGUCGAAGGGGAGGCACUGGAGAUUACCUAUAGCAAAGUGAAACAGACUUCUGAAGAGCACGCGCCUGCAACUGAAGAAGUAACCGCGGAUACUGCCCCGGAAUCGGAUCCUACUUUGGCCAAUGCGGGUUACACUGAGCUCCAGGAUUCCUCUUAUGGCACCGGAAACCCCGCCGUGAACGAGCCCACCAAUGCUGUAUCCCAGCCCGAGCAGGUCACUCCACCAGCGCAAACGCUCGUUGGCGAUGCCGCUAACCCUGUUGCCGAGGCUAGCUGGAAUCCCAAGACUGGCGAUUCUCUUGUCUCUUCGGCGAAUACCGAUGGCUGGGUUGAAGUGCCACGUGAUUCAGCCGAGACUGCUACUGGCCUUGAGGCUACUCCUGUAGUUGCUGACAACAAUGUGUCUGCAGAAGAGACUACGGAUAAUAGUGCUGAGAAUGUCACUGUGCCUAAAUCACAAGGUAGCGACGGUUUCGAAGCGGUUGUGCAUCAUCAGAGACAACCGAGCUCCCGUGGCCGUGGCCGUGGCGGGCGUGGACGUGACGGGUUUCGGGGACGCGGACGUGGCGAUUUCAGGGGUCGUGGUAGAGGUCGUGGCGGCCGCGGACGUGGCGGACCUAAUGGCAACACUGUCACACCUCCUACUGGGGCUCAGUAAAUGACGCGCUUGAGUUGUCAGUGAACCUACCGCCUGGGUCGGGAUAAGGCUUUCUACAAGAGUCUUGUCACCAGUUCCCACGCUUUCUGUUUUGCCAUACACCAGACUUCUCUGACCCUGCUUCUUGGGCUCCCUGAAAGUCUCUUUUUUUUCUCACUGCGGCCAUUGUGGGCUUCUGCAUUCUCUAUCUGUCUUGCUAUUCCUAUCUAAUAGGUUAUGGGUAAUGGUGGUGUUACGGGUCACGAAAGCGACGAAUCUUCUGAAAUGCUUACAACAAGGGGUCGGAGGGCUGAGGGAAGAGACAUUGGCUAAUGUCUCUACAAGCCUCCUUGGCUCUAAGUCUCUUCUUUUGGAAGAUCAUCUCCAAAAGUCAGUUCCUGGUUGUACAUGUCUUGCAUCUUUGAGCGUGCAUGGUAUAUUGCUCUUUAAUCUCUUCUCUUUCCCCCCUUCCUUCUCGUGGAUAGUGCGGCUCUCAUAGCAGCACUUUUAGCUAACCAACACUCUUCUUCUGUAUUUUAUUUUCUAAUUUUGUUGGCGCAUGGGGAUGAUGGCUGGACCGUUGGACGUAGUGGUGAUUGGACGGAGACUGGCUGUUGACAGCUCGAGAGAGUUUGUGAGCGGAAGUGUGGCUGGACAUAGGUUUUAGUAUGGUAAAAUUGCAGUUAGUCAAUGGGACCAGCAGCAGAUAUCACUGUACAAGUUGUCUGGAUCAUUACAAGUAAUUCUAUACUUUGUACUU